AUGUCCGAACGAGGAUCUUUCCGUGGAGGUCGUGGCCGCGGCGGAGGCCACGACAGGUCUGGCGGCCGUGGUGGCCAUGCCAAAAGUGGCGGUGCCGGUGGCGGUGCGCAACAGCAAGAGAAGCCCAAAAAGGAAAACAUCCUCGACCUCAGCAAGUAUAUGGACAAGGAGGUUCGGGUGAAGUUCAAUGGUGGCAGAGAGGUCGUCGGCACCCUGAAGGGAUUUGAUCAACUGAUGAACCUGGUUCUCGACGAUGUCAAGGAAUCUAUGCGCGAUGACGAGGGCAACGAGAACACUCGUUCUCUUGGUUUGAUUGUUGCUCGUGGUACAAUCAUUGUGCUCAUCUCACCUGCCGAUGGCAGCGAAGAGAUUGCCAACCCCUUCGUCCAGGCGGAGGAGUAA